CUCCUUUGGUGGGAGUAACCCGAUUUUCGUAGCCGUUAGGGAAACUUUUGGCCGCCAGAGUCGUUGCAGUCUAGGCAGAUGGGGUAAAUAUAACCAGGCAUCUCUGAUAUAACCUCAAUACAUUGCUCGCAGAGAUGAUUGGUAAGGAAAUAAAGUUUAAUGAAAAAACUCAUAAACGUGUGAAAUAAAAGAUUUAAAAUAAAUAGAAGAUUAAAACUAAAAUCGCAUGCAAUAAAAUUUUAAGUGGUGAAUUAUGUGUCGUGUCAGGUUAUAAGACUGGUUGACUGUAUAAUUCGUAACAGGUUCGUAAUGUGUAAAACAAAAAUUCGAACGUCAUUGACGUUAUGACAAGUGACGACUACACUAGUGUGUGGUUAAAUACUGACGUUAAACGUCAUGUACGCAAUAUUUCCCGAAUAAAUACUUACUUAAAUAAAUGUAUCCGAUUGGAUCGUUGGCUGAUUGCAGCUCAUUGGUUCUGCGGUGGAGGGCAGCACGGAACGCGAGCAAUCUCCCAACUCAUCUCUGACACUGCCUCCAUUUCUACAAGCUCUGAUAACCUCUAUGGCUGUAUAAUUGAAAUCAAUUGAAAUUGACUGAAAUGCUUAUGAUCACAUGUUUAAUCAUAAAUAUAAGAUCUGAUAAGGAUAAAAUGAUUAGACAUUGUCAAUGAAGUUCAGAGUAAUUCCUUGAUGAAUUAUUUAUUUUUACUGCAAGUUCAUAAUCAUAAAAUUUGCAUUAUUUCUUGAUUCCAAUAAAAAUCUCAAUAAUCAAUUGAAUACAUGUUUCGUGACAUUAAAUUAUGCAGGUAAAAGUAAUAAACGCAGAGAGUAGAAACAGGUCCACGAAUGGCUUUUUCCUUGGACUGGGUUUAUUAAUGCAUUUAAUAAUCUUGUGGGGCGUGUUAGAUGCCAAUUUUCAUUCCCCGAUAUUACAAGGGUUAGCACCGAUACCUGUACCAAAACCUGGUCCAGCUAAAAGAUUGUUUCUUUUUGUGGCGGAUGGCUUACGUUAUCGUACAUUUAAAGAAAAUCCUCCUCCUUAUUUAAGGAAGGUGAUGGAAAAUCAGGGUUCCUGGGGUGUUUCACAUACCAGAAUGCCUACCGAAUCACGCCCAGGGAAUGUCGCUAUUGUAGCAGGUCUUUACGAAGACCCCAGUGCACUUUUUAAAGGAUGGAAAGAAUAUCCCAUAGACUUUGAUUCGGUAUUCAAUCGGAGUCGUCAAACCUGGGCAUGGGGUAGCCCCGACAUUGUUCCUAUGUUUGCAAAUGGUAAUAAACUGAAAGUGCACGGAGAAAGUUACUCUCCAGAUUGGCAAGAUUUUGGAGCUCGGUCGGGAUCGAACAUUCGUCUUGAUUCUUGGGUUUUCGAUAAAUUUUUCCAAUGGCUUGGAGAAAAGGCAGAAAAUGUAAAAAAUCAUAAUGAAAUUAUAAUUUUCUUUCACCUUCUUGGAUGCGACACCACAGGUCAUGCUAAUAAACCAUACUCGAAAGAAUACAUCGAAAAUAUGCAGUACGUAGAUCAAGAAAUUAAACGGGUUGUGCACGAGACGGAGAGUUUCUUUGAUCAAGGAACUACCGCAUACAUAUUCACAUCAGAUCAUGGAAUGACAAACUGGGGAUCUCAUGGAAGUGGAUCUACAGAUGAAACGGAAACACCUAUAAUUGCUUGGGGUGCAGGUGUAAAUAAAUUAAAUUCUAGGCAAGAUGUAGAACAGGCUGAUAUCGCCCCACUUAUAUCAGCUCUUUUAGGAAUACCAAUUCCAGUAAACAGUGAAGGCAUACUACCAAAACAGUAUUUAAGUUCUGGAAACGAAGAGUACGGUGCACGUGUUCUCCUUAGCAACGUUAAACAAUUAAUGCAACAAGUUACGGCGAAUCGCAUUAGCACCGUCGGGAACAGUAUUCCACAGGAUGAUCAUCGAGAGGCCAAUUUGUACGGAAUGAUCAGUGAUAUGGAAAGACUGAUUCAAAAAGGAAAACUAGUAGAAAGUAUCGAAGAAGGUCAAAGAGCUACUUUGCAAGCCAAAGAAUCUUUAUAUUUUUAUAGAAAAUAUCAAAGAGAUCAGUUAAUCGCUUACUUGGCUCUUAUAUGGCUUGGCUGGUUAACAUUGCUCGUUUUCGAAGUCAUAGGAAUCCGGCGAAAAAAUGCUAAAACUGCCGCUUUAAUUCUGUCCAACAUAGGAUGCGUUUCUGCUCUCUUUGUCCUUUUGUUGAAGUAUAAAGUUUCAGGAUACAGCAACUGGAGGCUGCCCGGCUAUGGAAGUAUAGCCAUUUUUUCUCUAUGGUUAGCUAGUCGUAGUGCUCUAAAUUUAACAUUAGCGUUUGAAGAAGAAGCACAUCUAUUGACAUGUUUAACGGGCAUUGUAUUUUUGAUGGGAAUGAUGUUCCUAGGACUAACACACCGAUGGGUAUUCGGAGUUGGAAUGUUAGCUGUUACUGCCAUACAAAGAAUUUUGUUGAAAGAGAAGAAUCCCGUACUAGUUUUAACAGGAAUUUGGUUAGCAUCGUUCCCUGUCCUCCCAGUUGUCGAACCACAUCCACGCAUUUAUGUAGUGUUUACAAGCUUAGCAGUGGCAGCAAUUUCCCUGGCUUUUAAUAAAUUUGUAAAUACACCUCUUAAAGCAGUGGAAAUAGUACGUAUAGGUGUAACAACCUUGGUACUUACUGGUUACAUAGACGGACGUUCCUGGGUCUCGUGGAUAAUAUUAUUUACCACGCCAUUGGGCAUCUGGUUAUAUCCGUCCAAAAUAGAUAAUCGAAUUAUGGGCAUCGUUUACGAGCUUCUCUGCCCACUCAUUCUACUCUCAGCUUCUUACGAGCCUCUGUUUUACCUUGUACUUGCUGCGCACCUCUUGUCUUGGCCCUUUCCAACAUUGACUACAGAGUGGAUGUGCAAAAAACAUUUACUUCGCAUCCGCGAUCUCACCAAAGCAUCAUUUUUUAUGAUGUACAUACUGUUGUGCUUCUUUGGUACAGGGAACAUGGCGAGCAUCAGUUCCUUUGAUCCUCUUUGGACUCGUCACUUUGUUACCAUUUUUUCACCAUUUACCAUGGGAUUUUUAAUCUUACUGAAGUUUAGUAUACCGUUGAUUCUGGUCAGCUGUGCCAUCAGACGAACUUUCCAUUCAUCUGAAAUAUUCCUAGCUAUUCUCCUCCUGGGAGAUUGCUUGGCAUUACCUCUAAUGUUUGGUGUUACGUCUCAGGGAAGUUGGUUAGAUAUCGGUAGUGCUAUUAGUAGAUUUACUAUUGCUAUAACUCUUCCUCUAUUGCUACUAGUGUUUUACUAUCUGUCCAAACCACUUAUAACGCUCAGUAUUACACGACAGCUGUUAUUAUACGUCAGAAGAGAACACACUAAUUAAUUCAUAUGCAUUGGAAAUAUCGCCAGAGUGAAGUCAAUAAAAAUAUGACUCGAAA